GACCACGAGAAGCAUUGACACAGUUAUUCUCGUACAGCAGUCCAGUGUACACAGUCCACGCUCAACUCCUUUUUGUGUUUUUUCCCUGUAUACCAGUAACUUAUCAACAUGUGUGACGACGAUGUUGCCGCUUUGGUUGUGGACAACGGGUCCGGUAUGUGCAAGGCUGGGUUCGCCGGUGACGACGCACCAAGAGCCGUCUUCCCAUCCAUCGUAGGACGCCCCAGACAUCAGGGUGUCAUGGUUGGCAUGGGUCAGAAAGACAGCUACGUCGGUGAUGAGGCCCAGAGCAAGAGAGGUAUCCUCACCCUGAAGUACCCCAUUGAACACGGUAUCGUCACCAACUGGGACGAUAUGGAGAAGAUCUGGCAUCACACCUUCUACAACGAGCUGCGUGUGGCCCCAGAGGAGCACCCAGUCCUGUUGACAGAGGCUCCCCUGAACCCCAAAGCCAACAGAGAAAAGAUGACCCAGAUCAUGUUUGAGACCUUCAAUGCUCCAGCUAUGUACGUCGCCAUCCAGGCCGUGCUGUCUCUGUACGCCUCUGGUCGUACUACCGGUAUUGUGCUCGACUCCGGCGAUGGUGUCACCCACACAGUACCCAUCUACGAGGGUUACGCCCUCCCCCACGCCAUUCUCCGUUUGGACUUGGCUGGUCGUGAUCUCACAGAUUACCUCAUGAAGAUCCUCACCGAGCGUGGUUACUCCUUCACCACCACAGCCGAGAGAGAAAUCGUUCGUGAUAUCAAGGAAAAGCUGUGCUACGUCGCCUUGGACUUCGAGCAGGAGAUGGCCACCGCUGCUUCCUCCUCCUCCCUGGAGAAGAGCUACGAGUUGCCCGACGGUCAGGUGAUCACCAUCGGCAACGAGCGUUUCAGGUGCCCGGAGGCUCUGCUCCAGCCAUCUUUCUUGGGUAUGGAGUGCGCCGGUAUCCACGAGACCACCUACAACUCCAUCAUGAAGUGUGACGUUGAUAUCCGUAAAGACUUGUACGCUAACACCGUGCUGUCCGGAGGCACCACCAUGUUCCCCGGUAUCGCUGACCGUAUGCAGAAGGAGAUCACAGCCCUUGCCCCAAGCACAAUGAAGAUCAAGAUCAUCGCUCCACCAGAGAGGAAAUACUCCGUAUGGAUCGGUGGCUCCAUCUUGGCCUCUCUGUCCACCUUCCAACAGAUGUGGAUCAGCAAACAAGAAUACGACGAGUCUGGCCCAAGCAUUGUCCAUCGCAAGUGCUUCUAAACUUGAACUCUGUACCGACUUGUUAAUGAACAGUGGACUGCUGUGACGUCAUCAUUCCUCCUUGUGAUCCUACAAACUGUUUUUGUGUUAUCAUCAGGAUGAACAAAAAAUAAACUUCUUAAAGAAAAAAGACGCUCAGAAACAACCGUAAGCCAUUUUUUUACAUUAAAAAAAAAUAAAAAUGCGGCUUAUUUUGGGACUGCUAUCUCUAGAAACCGCGUCCUUUGCCAAAGAGCGAAACCUGGAAACAAUCGUCUGAUUAACUCGCUACUUUCUCACGGACUCGUUAUACGUUCCAAGUUUUGAAAAACAAAAAAUAUAUUCUUGGUUCGCUUAAACAAUCAAGGUAACUAAGGGACCAAAGUGUCCGAAUUCGCACCAUGAAAAGUUAGUGACUCUCUUUUUGAGCUCAAGUGGUGGUGCUCGGUUCACUUUGUUACUUUUAUUGCAAUAUACUUUUUGUUAAUUUUUCAUAUUUACAUGUGAUUUAAUUUGUUAUGCAGUAUUAUAAUAACACCAAUCGUAAACAAAAAUAAAAAUACAUAAGUUAA